GGGCGGACCAUAACAGGAAGGCGCAACAGCGGUGCAGCAGUGACCUGACAGUCACCUGCUUCUUUUAAAAUUUACAUUUCUGUCUACUGUAACUCACAGUAGGGAAAAAGGAUAAUGCCAGUCUGACCUCAGAGAAACACCAUGCUGCCAGCCAAGCUGACCAGUCAGUUAACCCUGAAUGUCCUGAGGAGGAUUCACUAUGGAGCUUCUUACCCCUGCCUGUACUCCUUGUCUAACGGCCUCAUUCACAUGGACAGAAAAAGGACGAGAGAUGUGAGUCUCCACUCAGACUCCAGUGUGUUGAGGAGAGUGUUUUACAGCCAGAGUGCUAUCCGCCCAUCACUCAGACUACGUGAAACACAGAACAAUGGGAGAAGAUCAUUCAGUUUAUCUGCUGCUACAAUUGUGAAUUCAGCACCAUCACCUGUUCAGCCAUACCUGCGAUUGAUGAGGCUGGACAAACCUAUUGGAACAUGGCUGCUCUACCUCCCGUGUACAUGGAGCAUAGCUCUGGCUGCCGACCCCGGAUGCCUCCCUCAUCUGGGCAUGCUCACCCUGUUUGGUACAGGUGCUCUGAUGAUGAGAGGAGCAGGCUGCACCAUCAAUGACAUGUGGGAUAGAGACUUUGACAAAAAGGUGUCCAGGACGGCCACACGACCCAUUGCAUCAGGAGAGAUUUCUCGGUCACAGGCACUAGCCUUCUUAGGAGGGCAACUCUCUCUGGCACUCGGGGUUCUCUUGUGUCUCAACUAUUACAGCAUCGCGUUGGGUGCAGCUUCAUUAUCUCUUGUUGUCACCUACCCGCUGAUGAAGAGAUUCACUUACUGGCCACAGUUUGUGUUGGGCCUCACUUUCAACUGGGGAGCGCUGCUCGGCUGGUCCGCUAUCAAGGGCUCCUGUGAUUGGUCCGUGUGCCUCCCACUGUAUUUCUCUGGAGUGAUGUGGACGCUGAUAUAUGACACAAUAUAUGCACAUCAGGAUAAGGAGGACGACGUCAAGGUAGGAGUCAAAUCCACUGCGCUGAGGUUCCAGGAGCAAACCAAACCUUGGCUGAGUGGCUUCACGGUGGCCAUGAUGUCUGGACUGGUACUAGCCGGAGUCAAUACUGAACAGACUCUGCCUUACUACACUGUACUGUCCGCAGUGGCCAUUCACCUAACGCAUCAGAUUUACACAUUGGACAUUAACAAACCAGAGGACUGCUGGAAGAAAUUUGUCUCGAACAGAAACCUUGGACUGUUGUUAUUUUUAGGCAUCGUUGCAGGCAAUCUGUGGAAAGAGAGAAGAGAGACUUUGCUGCAGAAUGAGGAAGAAAUCAGAUAAGUGAAAUAACCAGAACAAAUAGUAUUUUUAUUGUAUUUACAGUACAUCGCAUGCAGUGUCACUCAGCAGGGGUGCACAUCACAGGUUUCAUUGCAGUACAAUAUUAUAUCAAUUCUUUGGACUAAUGAUAUGUUAUCUGCAGAUAAUCACAUAGUCUGCAGCGGUACAAUUUCAAUUCGAGCCUGCGAUUGAUAUGAAAUGAAAUCAGUAAAUAUCCUGUUGUAUCUUUCUGUGCUGCUUGCCAUUGUCUGCUCGGUGCUGGACCACUUGCACUAUUUGAAUGUCCAGGAAAAAGGUAUGAUCAGGCAGAUACGGUUACACAAACAUGCUAUGGUAAUUUAAAAAUAAAUAUGGUGACACAUGUUGGUUUUUUUAGACAAUCUUUUUUAUUGCGUUUUUUUAACAGUAACAUUUCAACAAAGAAAAUAAGUAUAUUAUCCCCAACACUGGCGAGGAAAAUAAAAUGAAAUUGAAUAAAUAAGUAAUUAAUAUGGUGAUAUAUGUAUCAAUGUUUUCACUUUGCAUCGAUAAUAAUGGAUUUUUAAUCAAUGUAUCAUCACACCCUGACCGUUUUAUAGAUUACUAUUGGUUUUUUAUGGCUGGUGAGUGAGGCCAAUCUACCAGCCACUUGCAUAUUUUAAUAGCAUUUGGCUAGUUCCACUCCAAACAAAGCUCUAUGAGAGAGCAAAUAGAUGUACUACAAGCUGUGUGAUUUUUACCCACACAAUUAAGUUAUUUGAUAUAUUUCUUUACUUAUAAAAUGUAUUUUUACAGAUGUUAAUUUAAAAAAUCACUUUCAAUGGUUUUGUUGUAAACUGAUGAAUAAAAUACCUCCUGGUACCUA